AUAUGACUUGAUAGUACUUCAUGGAGCUGUUGGUAGGCUAUUUGUGCAAAGAGAAUAACAGUUCCUGAAAUAAGUGCAUCGGCUGCUGUAUAGUUCUGCGAAGUUACAAAAUGCCCGUGCAAUGUCCGCCAAUAUGGAAGUUUUUUCUUGUAGUUACUUCUUGUGCGGGAAUCGGAGCUAGGUACACUCCGGACUGGGACAGUCUUGAUUCGAGACCGCUGCCAACCUGGUAUGAUGAAGCCAAAGUCGGGAUUUUCGUUCAUUGGGGGGUUUUCGCGGUCCCCGGAUUCGGUAGUGAAUGGUUUUGGUGGCACUGGCAAGGCGAACCGUACGCGAACUAUGUAGAAUUCAUGAAGAAAAACUACCCUCCAGGAUUCACUUACCCAGAAUUUGCCCAUGACUUCCGCGCCCAGUUUUUCGACCCAGAUGAAUGGGCUGAACUCUUCGAGGCUUCUGGUGCAAAGUAUGUAGUUCUAACAUCCAAGCACCAUGAGGGCUUCACAACGUGGGGCUCCCCACACUCCUGGAACUGGAACUCUGUGGACACGGGGCCACACAGGAACCUGGUGGAGGACCUGGGAGUCGCCAUACGAAACCGGUCCCUACAUUAUGGCCUAUACAACUCCCUAUAUGAAUGGUUCCACCCUCUUUACCUGUCCGAUAAACAAUCAGGCUUCAAAACACAGGAGUUUGUGUCCAACAAGCUUCUACCAGAACUUCAUGACCUUGUGACCAGGUACAAGCCAGACCUGAUCUGGUCAGACGGGGAUUGGGAAGCGCCUGCCUCAUACUGGAAUUCCACACAGUUCCUGGCUUGGCUCUACAAUGACAGCCCUGUAAAGGAUACAGUGGUAACCAAUGACCGCUGGGGGGCCGGCUGCAGCUGCAAGCACGGUGGGUACUACAACUGUGAAGAUAAGUACACCCCGGGACAGCUGCCCAAGCACAAGUGGGAGAAGUGCACCUCUGUGGACACCUUCUCCUGGGGCUACCGGAGGACUAUGAGGCUGGAGGAGCUGCUGGACCUGCCCAGUAUCAUACAGGACCUGGUUCGCACUGUGGCCCUCGGGGGUAACUACCUGCUGAAUGUGGGCCCCACGGCGGAGGGGACGAUCCCGCCGGUGUUUGAGGAGCGGUUGCGGGGCCUGGGCGGCUGGCUGAAGGUUAACGGGGAGGCUGUGUAUGCCUCUCGGCCAUGGAGGGUGCAGGGGGAGAACACCACCCUGCCCGUAUGGUAUACCUCAAAGGGCUCCCAAGUUUACGCUUUCCUCCUUGCCCUACCGUCAGAAUCCUGGAUCAAGUUAGCCGCGCCAAUAGCAUCACCCAUUACAAAGGUGACGUUAUUGGGGUACACUGGACUGCUGAGCUGGAUUGAAUUGCAGCCCAGUGGACUGAUGGUCCAGCUGCCUCUUGGCCCUUUUUUUAACGGCUACGGGUGGACGCUGAGGCUCGAUGGCGUCAAGUGAGGCAACAUUUUGCUUUUCAAAUGGAAUUGUUUCACAAGUUUAACCAAUGUUACCUAGGGGAAAAAAUAAUGGAACAUAAAUUGACUUCAUCUGAUUUGUAGAUGGAUUUUAUCUUGCACUAUUUUUGUAUACAUUUUUAAAACAAAGAAAUACAAUGGAUUGUUUGAUUUACCUUGUUUUGUCUUAUUGUGUAAAAACCCAACUGCAUUUUGUCCUACACUGCAACAAGGAAGCAAAUAUUUUUAGAAACUUGACUUCUGAUGCAAACAUAAAAAAAGAGGUAUUUUUUUGCAGCUGAUGCCUCAUUUUGCAACUGUGUUUUCUUUAUGAAGCUCAGGUGAUGUUUUUUAUUCUAAAAUAAUCCGCAGAUCUCAUUCAUGUAGACAAGUAGAAAUAAAGUGGUUCCCGAACGUUCUGAUAAAGUCUUCUCUGCAUCUUUAGAAUUACCUACUACUGAGAAGAUCUGCAGAUUUAAACUUCUUUUUUUAAAUUGCAGAUGGCUAGACUGUCAAAACAUGUGGUUGAAAAAAUAAAAUAAAAAUACUUUUACUAUCUUAA